CAACAGUUAUCUUUUCAAAAACCACUCGAUCAGAAAAGUAAUUUUGCACCGAGCAUUUAUUAUGGAAUUCGAAUAGUCGAAAUUAUUUAGAUCAAUGGAUCACAAUCACACAAUUAUUACCUAAGCUGCAGCGGCUACACUCUUCGUAUCAAGUUGCGUGACUGGUCCGGCCGGUGCAGCCCCGCUAGCCCGACGCCCGCGCCUCCAUUCCGCCGGCAACGGCGCGGCGCGCCCCCAUUCGUCGCCAUGGCUCUGCGCUCGCAGCUACUACGCAACGUACUGAAUGGCACUCAAGUUCGUCAUUUACACGAAGUGAAGAGGCAAGAAAGAGCUGGUGUAGCUAAGCUCCGAGAUGUGUUAGAGGACCGCUUGCAAGAAAUCAAGAGGGCUAAGACUUGGAAACAUGAGAGGGUGCUCACAUCGCCGCAAGACACUAAGGUGCGGGUCCAAGGUGCUCAAGGAGAAUUCCUGAACUUCUGUGCCAACAACUAUUUAGGCUUAUCGAAUCAUCCUGAAGUCGUUGAAGCGGCUAGAGAGGGUUUGAAGAAAUAUGGCGCCGGCUUGAGCUCAGUGAGAUUUAUCUGCGGUACUCAAAGUAUACACAAGGAGCUAGAGAACCGCCUGUCUCAGUUCCACGGCCGCGAAGACACAAUCCUUUACGGGUCUUGUUUCGACGCCAACGCAGGCCUGUUCGAGUCCAUGCUGACGCCUGAAGACGCGGUGUUCUCGGACGCUUUGAACCACGCGUCCAUAAUAGACGGGAUCAGGCUAUGCAAGGCGCAGAAAUACCGAUACCCUCACAGAGAUUUGACCGAAUUGGAGCACUUGUUAGCGCACAGCGAAGCAAGAAUCAAGCUUAUAGUAACAGACGGAGUAUUCUCUAUGGACGGGACUGUGGCUCCAAUAAAAGGUCUGAGGGAUCUGGCGGAUAAAUACAGAGCUUUAUUAGUAGUUGAUGACAGCCAUGCGACCGGCUUCUUCGGGGAAACUGGCCGAGGCACUGAAGAGUAUUGCGGUGUUAUGGGGGCGGCGGAUAUCAUCUGUUCGACCCUGGGCAAAGCAGUGAGUGGAGCGGCUGGCGGCUAUACAACCGGACCGAAAGAGCUGGUCACAUUACUUAGGAACGUGUCCAGGCCCUAUCUCUUCUCGAACGCCCCUCCACCUCCCGUGGUGGCAGCCUCUUUAAAGUCUCUAGACUUGGUAGAACGUAGCGGUGAACUCCGUCAACGUCUACGCCAGAACACGACAGCUUUCCGUGAAGGACUGAAGGCGGCCGGCCUCACUGUGGCCGGAGACGACCAUCCCAUUUGUCCGGUAAUGGUUGGAGAAGCAUCACUGGCUGUGGACUUGGCUUCAGGAAUGUUAGAGCGUGGUGUCUACGUGGUCGCCUUCAGCUACCCCGUGGUGCCGAAGGGCGCGGCGCGAGUGCGGGUGCAACUGAGCGCGGCGCACUCGUCCGGUGACGUCACCCGAGCGGUGCAAGCCUUCGCAGAGGUCGCUAAAAACGUAGGCAUCGUUAAAAAUUAAUAUUUUAAAUUUCGAAACUAAUUUCUUAACGUUUUUAGGGCCAUUAAAAAAAAACGGUGCGCGUGCAACUUGGUGCACGUGAAUGAAGUGAAACUUCUAUUUCGAUGUGUAGUACUGUGUCGGUUUCUUCAUUUUUCAUCCUUAAAUCAGAUUGCUCUUGUAAUAGCGAAUGCUGUGUAUAAGAGAUGCGACAUCUUCAACAUUUAUACUAUAUAUUUUUUUAAUUAUAGAUAGAAGAAUAUAUUUUUUAAAUAUUUCAUUAAAAUAUAGGACGCUACGCGUUACUAGCGCUCGCGCUGACCUAUAGCGUUGUCUACGCGCAUGCGUUCGAGUGCCACGCAUCUACUCUCGCUCUGUAUCUUUCUAUUUCCCCUCCCCAGGAGCGUUAAACAUUUAACGCAACCUUGUUGAAAGUCGCAUUAGAAGUUUCACUUCAAUAAAAGCUGACAGUUUUCUCGACAUAACCUAUAAAGUUGCCGUUUUAUAAUACUGGCCAUUUUAAACGUAAUUAAUGUAUCGCGAGCAAUAAAUUCUAAAUUCAAAUAUAGUGUUGUAAUUUUUUUAUCAAUAUGGAUAUAAUACGAAUAAUUAUGGAGCACAUGUACCGUAACGGUAGCAAUGCUGCAUAAAUGGCUCACAACAUUAAUGACGUGUACGUAGUGAACUACAAACGAACGCACGACUCGUUAUUGGCUUGAACGCUUUCGACACGGAAAUUUUGAUCUAAAAAUGAACUCUAUGGUCGUGUGAAAAAACCUAUGAAGAGGUCGUUGGCUCACGUAUAUCUGACUUAUUCAAGAAAGGCAUUGCAAAAACCACAACUGCGUUGUCAAAGAUGUAUCGAUAGUGAUUGCAAAUUUUAAAUUAUAAAAAAAACUUAUUAAAAAAAUUUAUUAGCUUUCUGUAUACUAAACGGCAAUUUCGUAGGAAAAUACCUAAUAUUUCUAAUGGAAACUCAUUAGUGACCAAAAAAGCUAAAUUGAAUAAAAAAAAAUUUUCAACUGAAAACACACUUAUCUAUGUAUGCGUCUAUGAAUGUGAUUCUUUACUAUUGACUUCAAAUCAACAAUAGGUUCUAUGCUGGGUAAUGUUUUUCCAGUAAUAGUUUCAUAGCCUACCCACUAACGAUAUUGCAUUUGAAUUAAUUGUAUUUUUGACAUAUUUAUUUUAUUCUAAUGUAAAUACAAUCAAAAGGUUCUCAUCCACAUAAUCAUGUGACUGAAUAAAUAUAUUUUGUUAUUAAAA